CUCGAGCCGACAACACCUCUAAUUUUUGGGGAUCAUACAAAAUGUCUGUACGCAAGUAUAAUGAAUUCCUAGACAUUGCACCCAGUGACGAUGAUGAUUCUAUCGACGGCGCCUAUAACUCUGAAGAGCGAGAGCAGGUUACGGAGAGCAAGGGCCGCGCCGUAAAACGACAGCGGACCGCAAAUAUCCAGGACAUUUUCGGUCUACAGUCGGACGAAGAGGAAUUUAGCAGUGAGGAUGAGGAUCAGGAGUCUCGGGCAAAAAUCCAGAGCAAAGGCCGCAACUUUGUACAGACAAAACCCAAGCCUGCCUCGGAGGAGGAAGACCGUCACGACGAAAACGAAGACGACGAAGGGGACAACACACUUCUUGUCAAUACAACAACUGAGAAAUCUGCACAAAAUACGAAAGCUGUCCAAGAAAAAAAAACAGGCGUAAUCUACUUUUCUUCACUUCCGCCUUACCUUAAACCGCGCGCUUUGAAAUCUCUUCUGGAAGGCUGCGGCUUCGAGCCUAUAACAAAAAUAUUCCUCACUCCUCUAGUUCAGUCGCGCAAGCAAAACAACAAACGCAAGAGGUACACCGACGGAUGGGUUGAGUUUGCAUCGAAAAAGACAGCCAAGAUCUGCGCCGAGACGCUUAAUGCGACUAUCAUUGGCAAGAGAGGCUAUUAUCAUGAUGAUAUAUGGAAUAUGAAAUACUUACGGGGGUUUAAGUGGGAAGACUUAAUGGAGCAAUCACAAAGAGAGCGGUCUGAGCGUGACGCGAAGAAACGGAUUGAAGAUUUACGUGCGCGGAAGGAGGACAAGGUGUUUUUAGCUGGUGUUGAGGCAGGACGUGCUGCGGAUGGGAUGGCUAGGAAGCGUAAGGAGAAGACCAAGCGGUCGGCUCAGGGUAAAGAGGGAAAUAUGCCAGAGAAGGCGCCGCAGGCUAUAAGGAGGACGUUCGUGCAGAAUGAUGUUGUUAGGAUGCAGGAGGAUCAGAAAGUUGUGGGGGAAGAUGUGAAGCGUGUUCUAGGGAAGAUUUUCUAGCGCAUUUGUUACGAGUUAGUUUAGAGUUGGUAUCCUAGUGUCCCAAGAAUUCAGUUAAGUACUCAAUUAAGAUCAUAGAGAAGAGCGAGAGAGAGAUAGGGAUGCAAGUUUGAUUAGAGGUGCUAAGAUUGCCUCCCUUCAUGAGAGGAGGAUAAGGUAAGCAAGCAAGAUAGCACAUGAAGGUAUGAUCUUACUGCGGGUACCACGACUCAGGUAGGCAAAAGUCGAUCAAGAUAAGCGGGGUGAAAGUAAGAACUGGAGAGUUAGGGUUAUACGAAAACACCGCUGGUGAUAAUCAAGACCAUCAAAACAACGUCAAAUACAGCUAUUCCCGGCCACCUACCCACCAUCUCCUUAAUUACUCUAGUAUGG